AUGGCGCAGCUCAUCAUGCCGCCGUCCUCGGCGCAGCCAAUGACGAAGGAGGAUGUAGCAGUGGUACAGGCAGAGAAGAGGGUCGACGCCGCCACGCGUGAGCAACUCGUCAAGGUGUACGGCGACUCCCGCGGUUUGCAUGGACGCCGCAUCGCCCUCACUCGGCCACCGAAACGCGAGUGGAAGUGCACUGCGUGUGGCAAGCAAAGCAACGACAUACGCCACGUGUGUGCAUACUGUCUCUCUCCAGAGCCGGGGUACAGCAACAACUCCGCCACCUCCCGCCCUCGUCAUGCCGGCGGUCCCGCCAAGACCGAAAAGGUGGCAGGACCACGUUCGUUCGUGCAGCGUCCGGGCACCUGCAAGGAUGCUGGCGUUCGCCUCAUGCAGACCUCCCUCACAAAGCGAACCUACCGUGUCUUCACGGAGUCGCACAUACCCGCUGCGAAGCCUCGCGCGGCGGCGUCGCACCGCAGCGCAACGAGUGCUAAUCCAGCGAUAGCGGAACUGGCCGUAGAAAAAGGCGACGAGGACAUGUCCUGGGACGACGAGCCUAACUGCAGUGACCGCGCAACUGGCGGACCCUGCAGCCCAGGUGAAGAAGGAGACAGCAGUGAUGAUGACGAGGAAGAUGUGCGAAGCUCGGCGCAGGAUGCGCAGUUCCGCCCACCGGGUGCGGAGAGAGUCGAUAGAGGCUUCACGCACUUUGUGUCCCUUCCCAUUGGGAAGCUGCCCGCGGUGGUGGCGAAUGCGACGAGCAUCCUAGAGGACUUGCGUAGCUUUGUCGCCUCCAAGUACGAGUUGACCCAACAGGAGAGCGCGGCGGCGGUGGGUGGAGCAACUGACCCUGAGGAAACAACUGCCUCAUCCUUUUCGAAGUCCACGGCCGCCUCUGAGCUAGUGGCACGCACCGUCAAGCUGCACAUGACGCUACUCCUGCUGAGGCUUCCACGCCGUGAGGAUGUUGAAUUCGCUAAGGAGCUGCUGCAUGGCCCUUUCGUCUCUGCCUGGGCAACGACGAAAGAGAAGUGGGCGGCGUCCAAGGACACAACGUAUGCGCUGAGCGGAGCUCCGUCUCUCGCUCCGAUGCACCGCCAUCCGCUCGUGCGGCUCGGGGGCGGGCUGCAGGUGAUGAGAGCAGGUCGACAGAAUGCGCUUUACCACCCAGAGAAAGCGAGCGUCGUGUACAUGGGCAUCGACGACACAGCCGGGCUCGCCACAGCGCAGCAGCUGCAGCGCGUUCUGCAUGAAAGCUUAGCUGAGCUCAUCCACAACCCUGAAGAGGCGGAGAAGUCGCGCCGGGUGCUGCACGUGACGAUCAUGAACAAGAAGUGGUGCAAGGGGCGUGCAGCACGUCGGACUUUUGAUGCGCAGUCCAUCAUAGAGGCCUUUCCGGACGCAGCCAUUGGCGCGGGCGAAGAUGGCAGGCAGUUGUUCGAGAUACCGGAGCUGGAGCUGUGCUCGUUGCACCGACAGGAUCCAGAAAAUGGCACCUACCUUACCGAGACCACCGUGAAGAUUUAG